UAAUAAAAUAAAGAUGUUUUUAUAACUUUGAAAGUCUCAAAUAAGAAAAAAAUUUAAAGGGAAAAGGUAGGAAGCUGAGAAAUAAGUAACAAUAAAUAAAAACAAAAUAGGUAUAUUAGGAACUAACAUCAUAUUAUGACUUAUUUAAAUAAGGCACAUAACAAUAUUUUCAAUAAAUAACGAAUAUUUAAGGCACUAGACACUGUUUUUACUUCUUACUCUCAGCUUGUGGCAGCUUUCAACUAGAAUCGUGUUUGACAUAAGAUGUAUAAAUAUCAUAACCAAAUGAUAUAGUACUAUCAUAAAAUAUUCUAUACUUAGUAGGUAAGAAAAAAAAGUUGAUAAGCUGUGCUGGUGGCCACACUACCCAUUCAGCAACAUAAAGUUGUUUACCUUUCUCAAUGAUUUCAUUUCCAAUAUCCUUCAAGGUUGAUUUGUCCAACAAUCCUGACGUUAAAAAGAAUACAGUAAUGGAAACUGGAGAAAAAAAUAUUUGGUCCACUAAUACUUUUUUUAACACAAUUUGAACUGUCCUACCUGGUAAUUUUUUAUCUAAAAACAUGUACCAUUUGUGACAAACAACACCAACUGUGAAUCCAGUAAUUGACAUGUGGCCUGUUCUUACUUCAUCCCAAGUUUUCUUUUCACCCUUCAGAAUCAUGUACUGCUGUUGGGUCAUGUCACCAAUCCCAGAUAAUCCAAUAGAUAUUCCCAUAUUAGUGAAAAACAAAUAUUUAUUGCUAAACAUAACAUCUUUUAUGUGCUUUAUCUUCUGACAUGCUGCAGAAAGACGAUGCAAAAAGCGAACGUUUCUCAUUUCUGAGAUUAACAACCAUCGUCCUCGAAAUUGUUCUCACUUGAUCUGAAGGAGAUAAUGUCACGCCAUUAAUGAAGAACAAAUAAUUUCUGACAGCAUAACCUGGACCAACUUGAAAACUAAUUCACCUCCACUGUAAAAUAACCUUCCUGACUUCGUCUGGCUUUCAAACUGGGAAUUCAAAAAUUGUUGAUUUAAAACAAAAAUUAAAAAUUUAAACAUGUUAUACUUAUUAAUAAAUUCUAAUAAUAUAAUUGACGCAUCUAAAAAUCGUUUUUAGUCUACUGACUUUUCAUAGGCGCUGAUAAAUGUACCUCCAAAUAAAAUUAAUUUCUUCUAAAUUUGAGGUGACUGAUUACAACUUUGGCAAAGAAACGUCAACGGAUAUUAAAAUGUGACAAAUAUACCAAUUAAAUGUCACAAAGAAACGUUUCUUUGUCAGAAUCAUGAUGAUAAAAUUAAGAAAUUGAACAUUGAAAAAUUGAUUAAUGAUGUUGUAUUUAAAGAUUCGAUUUGAAAGGAACAGAAAAUUAAUAAUAUAUAAAACCAUUAUAAAAUCUGAUUUUAUACAAUAAUUCUAAUUUUAUUAUUUUUAAAAACUAGUGGGGGUGGUAUGUUCAUAAUGGCAACACUGCCCGUGGAGGUUACCUAUUGCAGUAGCUUGUGUUUGUUAUUAGUGAAUGUGUAUUGUACAGUUAAUGUUUGUAUUGUGACUUAAGAUUUCAUCCAAAUAUUAAUAUCAUGUCUGACUCACGGAGAGUUCAACUGAAAGAAGACUUGUCUUUUGUGGAGUUUGAAACAAGCGAAAAUGUUGAAGUUAUAUCUUCUUUUCAAAGCAUGGGACUUAAAGAAGAUUUGCUCAGAGGGAUAUAUGCUUAUGGAUUUGAAAAGCCAUCUGCUAUUCAGCAAAGAGCCAUCAUUCCCAUAGUUCGUGGUAGAGAUGUUAUUGCACAAGCUCAAUCUGGUACAGGAAAAACUGCGACAUUUGCCAUUGCCAUUUUACAAUCCUUGGAUACCCAAACAAGGGACACUCAAGUUUUAUGUUUGUCUCCAACAAGAGAGCUUGCUGUACAAAUACAAAAGGUUAUUCUUGCUUUGGGUGAUCUCAUGAAUGUUCAGUGCCAUGCUUGUAUAGGAGGAACAAGCUUAGGAGAAGAUAUUAGAAAACUUGAUUAUGGUCAACAUGUUGUAUCUGGUACACCUGGUCGUGUUUUCGAUAUGAUAAAACGGCGAACUCUAAGGACAAGGUCAAUCAAAGUAUUAGUUCUUGAUGAAGCUGAUGAGAUGUUAAAUAAAGGUUUCAAAGAACAAAUUUAUGAUGUAUAUCGUUUCUUACCUCCAGCUACUCAGGUAGUUCUUAUUUCUGCAACCCUUCCCCAUGAAAUUCUUGAAAUGACCAGCAAAUUUAUGACUGACCCAAUCAGAAUUUUAGUUAAACGUGAUGAAUUGACAUUGGAGGGAAUAAAACAAUUUUUUGUUGCUGUUGAAAGAGAAGAAUGGAAGUUUGACACACUCUGUGAUUUAUACGAUACUUUGACUAUCACUCAAGCUGUUAUUUUCUGCAAUACAAGAAGGAAGGUCGAUUGGUUAACCGAAAAAAUGAGGGAUGCAAAUUUCACAGUUUGUUCUAUGCAUGGUGAUAUGCCUCAGAAGGAAAGAGAUGCGAUAAUGAAGGAGUUUAGAGCUGGAAAAAGCCGAGUGCUUAUAACAACAGACGUGUGGGCUAGAGGUAUUGAUGUACAACAGGUCUCCCUUGUCAUUAACUAUGAUUUACCGAACAACCGAGAGUUGUACAUUCAUAGGAUUGGUAGGUCAGGAAGAUUUGGAAGGAAAGGUGUAGCCAUCAAUUUUGUGAAGAGUGAUGAUAUUAGGAUUUUGCGAGAUAUUGAACAGUAUUACAGUACACAAAUUGAUGAAAUGCCUAUGAAUGUUGCUGAUCUGAUUUAGAUCUCUUUACCAAAAGAAAAGUUGACCAGUUUUUGUUUGGCCUUACAUUUUUUUUUUCUUUUUGUAAAUUCAAGAAAUUUUUGUAGUUAAUUUUUUUUUUAUGUUAACUACUAUUGUAUAAAAUUUAUUUGUCUACGAAUGUUUGAACUUUAUCUCAAAACUGAAUUGUAUAUUUAUGAUGGGAUAUUAGACUCAUAUUAUGUAUAUAAUAAUCAAUAAUCUUUAUGUCUAUCUAUAGAACAGAUUUUUCUUUAUUUUAUCUUUUUAACAAAAUAAAUCUAUCUAUACUGAA